GUAGGAACAUGUCGCCAGCUACAGUUCUACGGCACUGUUCAUGGAAAGCGCCUCAAAAAUCACUUGAUUCGUACUGUUGACGUCACUGGUGAACGACCCUGCCGGACUUUGUGCUACAUGGAACCAAACUGCGUCAGUUAUAACUUUAACAAAGUCACAAGGAAAUGUGAGCUGAAUAAUUCCACUUUAAGUGAAAGAGGGGGAAGAAUGGAGACAAAUCCUGAUUAUGUAUACUGUGAAGCUGAGGUACAAAUUAUCUACUUAAAGGAAAUAAGCUUACAGCCCAAGGAAAUAUUAAGGGAUGUCUGUUUUCUUUUCUUGUCCCAGAACGGAUGUGCGAAUAAACCUUGCAAGAACAAAGCAACCUGUCAAACCGGUUUUACAGGUAAAGGCUACCGCUGUUUGUGCCCUGCUGAAUUUGACGGGGAUCACUGUGAGAAUGGUAAGUUAUUGAAAAUAAUGGAUAAUUUGGAUUCACCACCAUUUUUCCAAGUUUCUUGCAAAAUACGCUGGAAUAACGUACAAAAUAAUCUUCGAAAAUUAAGGCUGAAAGGCAUGACUUAACUUUUUCGCCGUUUUGUAAGCGAUUUCAAGUUCCCAAAUAUCCCGACGCCUUGAAGUUUCAGACUUUCAGUGCAGUUUCUACUCGUUCUACAGUUCGAAUAUUUUUUACAGUUUUUACGUCAGUUUUUGUAUAGUCAAUUUGAAUGGGCAUAGAAAUAAACGGAUAAAAUAAAUGAAUCAUUUGACAUUUAAGAUAUCAUGUCCACGAAGUUGUGGAUCGAAUUCGGAAUUGAGAAAUGCUGGUGUGUGGCCAUUUUCAACCUGAGUCUUCUGUAUUUUUGUUUUCCGGAGUAGGUACCAACCAUGAAUUUCUCGUGUUUUUCCUCUGAUUAAUAUAGCCAUAGAUUGAUAACAAACUGUUUUUGUAGACAUUGACGAAUGUGCCAUAAAUACCCACAAGUGCGGUGCCAAUGCCAUCUGCAAUAAUACCAAGGGAGGAUACAACUGCACUUGUCAUCCGGGAUAUUAUGGAGAUGUAACGAAUUGUGAACCAGGUGAGAUGGCAGCAUUCGUAUCACGGCAAAUUAGAUGAUGCUUGACAAUUUGUGUUAUAACUUACUGCAUUACACACACACACACUCACUAUCUGUCUUCUCAUUGGCUAAGAGCCUACAGUUAAUUUUGAAAAUAAACGCAAUCUACAGAUUAUAUCUGCUAGCAGAUAGCUGACAAAUCUGUACGUUGCGCGUGUAAAAUAACUACUAGCUAGAUUCGGUUUUGUGAUAUCCGAAGUAAUCGACGCGACCAACCAACUGGAUGUACGACUUAUGACUCGCACGUUGAAGCAUCUUAGAAUCUCUAUUGAUAACCUUCCUUCUUUUAUUUUGUGACAGUUUCAUCGUGUAAAGAACUUUUUGACAAGAAAAUGUGAGUAAAAACUACCAAUUUAUAUUUUUUAGGUUAGCACGUAAAAUGACGAAAAAUGUCCCUGUUUUUUGACUCUGAGAGGUCGGGUAGGUCGGGUACUUCCGGGUGGCACCGUCCAGGUAUGAAAAUCCUGCAACCUAUCAAUUUUGGUUUAUCACGUGAUAUAUGCCAUUCAACUAUAGGUUAAUUGACAGCUGUCAAAAUGUAUCACCCACUGACCUGUAUCACAGAACUGUGUCUUGGGCUUGAGUACACUACUCAUCGAAAUGUAAUUUUUUUAAGGGCACCCGGCGACUUUUUUCUGUAAAAUAGCUGUUCGAAGGAGCAGAUAUUGCCUAGAAAUUUAUAAAGUUUGAGAAAAGCUAACAAUUUCGGGUUUACCGUUCUAUUCGACUAAAAUAUUCGGAGGUUUUCCAAUAGGUUAACAACGAUUUUCGAAGGUUGUGCUAUUCACAUUUUAAUACCAAGAUAUUGCGAUUAUUGUUAUUAAAAGGUCUCCUAAAACUUUCGGUAUAAAGACAAAACGUCCCCUUAUAUAAGUUUCUAAUGAAAGGAAGGCUCCUUCAUGUCCUUAAACUUUCGACCAGACCUAUAAGGGUAGCUAACACUUUCGGAUGAGACGAAAAAGUCACUUAUAACUUUCGUGAUGACCAAAGUUCCAAAAGACAUUCGAACAGAUAAAUAGUUUUUCGGGGCAGCUCCAAAUUAACCAAACAGGCUUCUAAAGCAUAGAGAAAACCAUCUGAGACACUUCUGGCGUAUUUGGAAACAGUCGGUCUUUUGGUGCCCCCGUUUAUUUCAACUGCAUUGGUUAAUUAAACUUUUCAAGUAAAUCAGAUGGUUUGUAUUUAACAGACCGGUCCCACUUUUAUGUUUGCUUAACUUAACAUUUUAGAAUGAUAAUUCCCAGUACAUAUGAUGGUGGUGUAGCCUCACACUCAGGCGUUUUCUGGGGAGCUCGUAUUUAGUCCCUUCCCACAAACCCCUGCUCAACCGAGAACAACAUUCCUUUCCCAUUGUUUUAUUCGCGUAUUAUUCGCGUGACCAAUCAACAGUUUUGAAAUAAAGUGUUAACAGGCUGAACACGACUCAUAAGCUCGUGGUAGUAUGAAAACGUGACCCUAGAGUUACCGUUUUCCUUCUUUUCUUUCCUUCGCUAAGGUUAUGAAGUGCACGGAGCAUACAAAAUCUGACUGAAUCUUACUUUUGCCACUCUGAGUCUAACGUUUAUUAGAGGUCAUAAAGCUUUCCCAGUAUUUCAUGCUGAUCGAGUAGUUAUUGUGUUACCCUGCGGUCAAGGUCAACUUCCAGAACUUGGAAAGUACCAUGUAAUUGGCUAAGCUUGGGAAAGGAAUGUUGUGCUCGGUUGAGCUGGCGUUUGUGGGGAAGGACGAAAUAGCGUGAAAGGCUAAUGGUGGUGGUGCCACAGGUGAAUCUUCAGAUACCUACAGUACAUAGAGACGUCUCUGGAGAGACAGAUUAGUAGUUGACGAACCAACCACUCGUUACUGGCAAUUGAACUGUAGAUUAUCGUCCUUGGAUCUUCUUUACAGUAUUAAGGUAUCUUGUUCCUUGCAGAUCAAACGAGAGCAAAGCCUAUCCACUGAUGUUAGGAGAUACUGUUUUUGACAUCUAUUGCAACAUGACCGUGGCCCCUACUGAAAAUGACACAUGCGGAGUUGGUGGAUGGACGCUAGUUUUGAAGAUUGAUGGAAAAAAUGUAUACGCACUUCCAAUAUUGCUCGUUUCUUUUUUAAAUCAAGAAACUGACUAUUAGUUAUUGUUUUGCUGAUGAUGAUGAUUAAUGAAAGGACGUACGGGUUUAAAGGGUCGCAGUGUAGAACCUCGAUUUAACCGCGACCCAACCGCGAUUUAACUUAUCCAUUGUUGUAAUUGUGACCUUGAAGUCAUUUAAGGCCACAAUGCNGAUUAGUAGUUGACGAACCAACCACUCGUUACUGGCAAUUGAACUGUAGAUUAUCGUCCUUGGAUCUUCUUUACAGUAUUAAGGUAUCUUGUUCCUUGCAGAUCAAACGAGAGCAAAGCCUAUCCACUGAUGUUAGGAGAUACUGUUUUUGACAUCUAUUGCAACAUGACCGUGGCCCCUACUGAAAAUGACACAUGCGGAGUUGGUGGAUGGACGCUAGUUUUGAAGAUUGAUGGAAAAAAUGUAUACGCACUUCCAAUAUUGCUCGUUUCUUUUUUAAAUCAAGAAACUGACUAUUAGUUAUUGUUUUGCUGAUGAUGAUGAUUAAUGAAAGGACGUACGGGUUUAAAGGGUCGCAGUGUAGAACCUCGAUUUAACCGCGACCCAACCGCGAUUUAACUUAUCCAUUGUUGUAAUUGUGACCUUGAAGUCAUUUAAGGCCACAAUGCCAUUAGACACCUUUCUGUUUCAAUUUUUAUCAUACAAAACCGUUGAUUCUCGUGGAUAACGAAACUCGUUAUAACAAAACUUAAUAACAUGCACUUCCCUCCGGAACUGAUUCCAGCGUUACAAAACGUGUGGAUGUGUGGCGCCCUUGUCUUUAUUAGACUUUUCUUUUGCACUGUGUGCGCUCUUGUCUGGUUCUUCAGGAAUCACAAAUUCACUUUAAAAAUAAUGCUCGGUAAUUGAAUGUAAUAAUCCUUGAUUCCUCUGAGAGUGUAAGAGUUGUUCCUUACCGUAGCUACGGAGGUAAAAAGUCGAAGAGAUUCAGAGUUUAUUGUCUCUUAAGAACUCCCAGUGUAGUCUUGUGAACUUAAAGACGCUUUUAACCAUUGCCGGAUGGUACGUUUGUGCAAUUGACGAUCAAAGGGUGAAUUCCAAAGAGUUCCCAUGAUUCGGUGAAUAACUUAACAUGAUACGGAACGUCUUUCUUUGUAACUGAUUUACCUCUGCUUAUUCUUUCUAUUUUUUCCUCUGAUAGGAUACAUGCUAUCAUUAAUCUCUUUUUUUGAAGGAGGAGGUUGUAGCCUAUAAUCUUUUCUUUCUAAUUACAUUUUUUCUAUUUCUCGUUCUUUUUAUAUCACAGAAAACGUUUCACUACAAUGCAGACAUUUGGAGCAACAAAGAAACCUUUAAUCAUAUUGGAGGAAAGACUGGGUUUGAUUCGCAAGAGACCAAGCUUCCCUCUUACUGGAACACAUCCUUCUCCAGGAUCUGCUUCGGUAUGAAGAUCGGUGACAACCAGCCCAAGUUUAUUGUUAUCAACAAGCGGGCGAACUCCUUGUACUCUUUGAUCUCUGAUGGGAAAUACCGCAGCACCUCACUGGGUCGUGAAACGUGGAAGUCGCUGAUUGGUUCUGAAGCCUCGUUGCAAGACAACUGUAACAGGGAAGGAUUUAACACCAAGAGUGACCGUGAAAAAGACAGCAAAGCAAGAAUCGGUAUCCUUUUUAACAAUGAAAACGAAUGCAAAUCCUGUGAUUCCAGGAUCGGGUUUGGUACUGGUGGAUAUCCCGACGACUCCAACACAUGUGGAAAUGAAGCACUAUUUGCGCACGAGGCUGAUAAUGGCGACAAGCACAUUAAGGCCAUGGGGUACAUCUUGGUGCAAUGA